UUCACUCCGAAAACAGGCAGAGAAUAAGUAAAGUUUCAACCGCCAAAUAUUGACACAAUUUAUUGAGAGAGGAUUAAGAGUUAUCAAAGAUAGCCAGUGUCCCUUUAUUUGAUUUCCUAAUGUUCAUUGAUUGGUGACAAAAAUAUUGCAAUUAUGUCGCAAAAAUUGACCGAUUUAAUGCAAUCAACUGCUGCUGAAGAGGAAAUCAAGUUUUAUUUCGUCACAAAAUCGGGAUCGAUCGACGAUGCAAGUGAAGAUCUAAAAUACAGUUUCAAGAUCAUAACAGAUUUUUCGUCAUCCACCGAAAACCUGCAAUGGCUGUCCGAAGCUGAGUGCCUGAGUUUCGAUGCUCUCACACUGACCAAAGAGAAUGUUUUCAUACUGGAAGAAUUCGAGGGGGAAUCAUUUGAUCAUUUGUCGUCCACCAAGGCAAUAGUGAUUGGACCGCGAGUGCUCAUUAAUUGUCAAUUAACAAAUGACGUCGUUCCAAACAUUUCCUCACCGAUAUACACAUUGGCAAUGAAAGAUUUCAUCGUCUGUUUAUCCGGGAUCAGUAUGGAAAAACGAGCUGAAAUUCACAAGCUGGUUGGCUAUAUGGGUGGUUUAUCGUCAGGGGGUCUGAUAGAGUCAACCACUCACUUGAUAACAAACACAGCAAUGUCUCCAAAGUAUGAGAAAGCCGCUGCGAGAAAUAUGAAAAUUAUGUCGGAGAAUUGGGUGUUCGAUGUGUGGAAUCUCAGUAAAAUUGAUGAUGAUUCCUACCGCACAGUCGAAUUUUAUCAGAAACAUAAAUUUCCAAUAUUCCACAAUCUUGUUAUCACAUCGACUGGAAUAACAGAGGCCGAUAAGAAUGAAAUAGCUAACUUGAUCAACAGUAACGGGGGCACGUAUUCGGGAUCAUUCAAGAGCAAAGUCACCGACAUACUUAUCACCCAACCGAAUCAGAAAGACAGUCAAAAAUUCAAAGCAGCUGUUAAGUGUCGAAAAGAAUGUUUGAUGGUCGAUUGGAUCAAGGAUAGUGUUUCGAAGGGAUACAUGUUGCCAUUUGUAAGUUACCGAAUUUACACAGGACACGCUUCGCGAGACGAUGUUCUAAAUUCAACUCAAGCAACGAACAGAACACUUCGCACCGACAUUUUCAAUCCGGAUGGAACGCAAUUGUCGGCAAUCAUGAGCGAUUUUUCGAUUGCGGAAACGACGUCGGCAUUAACUCCAAUGAAGAAAUCGCCACCUAAGCAGUCGAACUAUAAAACAGUUCUGAACGCUAUUGAUAUUGGUCUAGUUAAGAAUGCUAAGGGAUGUCUAGACGGUUGCACUAUUUGGUUAUGUGGCUUCGAUGCGUCUGACACCGAUAAACUGAAGAAAAUCAUCAACAUCGGUGGAGGUACUCGGAUCGAUGAACAUGGUCCGGAUGUUGAGUACGUCAUUGUGGGAAAACCGAACACGGCCGAGCUGACCUAUUUAAAGUCGUUGGAAGACCCCAAUAUAGUUACGAUGAACUGGCUGGCUGCGUGCAUCAAUGCCAAACGUUGUGCUGAUCCGAAAGAAUUUAUCUACAAAUUGCAAGCAUCCACCAACGAUUCCGUUCAAACCGUUCCGUCACCUGCGAGCAGAAAGAACAUCGAAGACAUGAAUCCAUUUCGUCGGCCUGGCUAUGUGCCCCGAAUGUUGAAUAUGAACGACGUUGAUGAAGAAAUCAAGAAGCGCAACGAGAAAACACUGUUGGAUCAAUACUCACAGCCGACGAUCGUAAAGGCAGUGAAUGUUCAGCGUGAGGAGACGAAUGUAUGCGGUGAAACGGCGGAAGAAUCUGACCAGAUCGAUCCGAAUCUGUUUCGCGGUGUGAUUUUCGCUUUGUUUGCAUUCAGUGAAGAGAGCACACAGGAAUUGUUAACUGAAAUUGAAGAAGCUGGUGGAACAACCAUUGACGUAAAUGAUUUCUCGAAAACGGUAAAUUAUCUGAUUGUUCCAAGCGACACGUAUGACAUUGGGGACUGUGGAUACAAGGCUAAAGAAAUAGUAACGGAGCUGUGGAUCCAAGAAUGUCUGGGCAGCAAUGCACUCGUCGAUAUCAAAUAUUAUCACCGGGCUAUUAUUGUCAGAGAGGACUGUAAGCCGCUGUCGGGUCUGACGAUAGUAUUUUCAACGUACACAACACCGGAACGGGAUUUUUUGUAUUCGCUCGCGCAAGCACUGGGGGGUGUCGUGAAUGAUCGUUACAUGCGAAACCAAAAACCAAUUUUGAUAUGUCCGACACCACUUGGAAACAAGUAUUUUGGGGCGAUCAAAUGGAAUUUACCAGUUGUCACGUGCGAAUGGCUAAGAGAAUGUCUCAAACAACGGGCCAACGUUCCAAUGGAAAAAUAUGCAGUGGCUGAUCCCAAGCGCACGGAGAAAGAAAAUAGUUCUGAUAACGCGGGCAGCGAACAGACUGAGAAAUUCGAAAAGUCUAACAAAGCAAGUGAUGACAAAACCACCGAUCCGAUACAACCGGCUGUAGAUGCUGACGAUGUAAAGGUGUCUGAAAACAAGAUUGCUAGUCCGAUGACACCGGCACAACAUCCCAGAGUCACAUCACUUAAGAGCGUUUUCCAUUUCCGAUCGCCUGGAAGUCCAAAAACACCAGAACGACGGCCGCCGUCGGAUGCAGUUAUAACACCAAUAACGGAGCUUGUCGAUUGUAUAGAGUCGCCGAGAGCUAGAAAGAUGAUUUACGAUAUGUACAAAGAAGCCGAUGAGGCCGAGACACCCUUGACCAAGCGUCGUAAAAGGGAAGAAGCGACUGACUCGCCACCACCCAGUUUAUCGAAAAUAUUGCCAAAUGUUUUCGAUAUCAUCGAUCGUAAUUUCGUUGAAGUGCCAAAGCCUCCAGACAGUACGCCAUUUGUGGAAUAUCGUAAGCGGAUGUACCGUAAAUUUCUCGGCAAAGACUACGACGGUACUCCGUUAAGAGCACCUAUUAAUCAGGGAAGUGAAAAAGAAAAUCCUCAAGAAAAUCACGAGAUAGCACCUCAGCCUGCUUCGACUGUGGUGGAACAGGAUAAUGCUACGGCCGGCCAAGAAAAGGGAAGCGGCGAUGGUGCUACUCAAGUUAUAAAUUUCAUGAAGGAAGUGGAGGGUAUCAAAAACCGUAGCAGUCGAACGUCCUGUCCAUCUACGCAGCAAAUGCCAACACAUGACUCACCGACAGAUGAAGAAGAAAAUCCGAAGGAACAACAUGACGAAAUGGUCGGUUGGAAUGACCCUCCUUGGGAGUCCGAGCGACAUGUAAAUGAAUCUCGUAGCACAUCCACCGUACCAAUGAGAUUCAGUUUGGGUGCUACAACGAUUGAUGCUGAGCUUAAAAAGAAAAUCGAGGCAUUGGGCGGAACGGUGUGUGAAGAGUCGUCAGCAUUUGAUCCGAGUUGCACACAUUUGAUAUGUUUGAAACUGAAUCAGAGCGAAAAGACUUUUUCAGUUAUAGCAUCUGGUCGCUGGCUGUUGUGUCCUGCUUACAUUGAAGACAGUUUCGCAGCUGGUCGUUUCUUGAAUGAGGAGGAAUACGAAUGGGGAAAUCCGAAGGCGGAUCCUAAACUCCCUAACGAUAUCGACGUGAAAACGAAAAAUAUUGCCAGAAUGAAUUACAAAUGGCGAACGGAGCUGAAAUUGAGAUCAGAGAAAGAGAACCGUAAGGUUGGCAUAUUCUCCAGCAUCCGUGCUAUUUUGCACACCAACCGAAAAGACAGUUUCAAAAGACUUCUUGAAGCCGGAUGCGGUGUGGUUGUUGAUCUGAAGCAGCCGUACACGAAACAAGAGGAUUUUCAGGGCAUCACCCAUUGUUUCGUCGACAAAAGAAUGGCUGAGAUGUCGACUGCUGAGAAAGGUGCAUUAAUAGCGGCUGGCGUCCAUAUAGUCACUAUGCUGUAUAUUCAAGCCUGCGUUGAACAAGAUGUCAUGCCCAAUGUUAAAGAUUUCGCAGCUCGAUGAUUUGAUGGUUUUUGUUUUGUUUCAAUUUUCACCGAAAAAAAUAAAUGAAUAAGAGCCUUCUUGCGGAGGCAAUACGUUUUCUAGUUAACAAAAA